GCACCCAUAGCUGAGAACAACCCGGGUCUUUGGCACUGUAAGACAUCAACUCUACUGCAGCGCCACCGUGCCACCCAAAACAUACUACGGGAAGUAUGUUUCUAAAACGUACUUUGGGAUGUAUUCAUCACCAGCUAUGCUGCCAUUUUAUUGUCCCCUUAACUAAUGAGGAGGUUAAGAAUCAGUCACGGCGGUGGCUCUGCAGUAGCAUAAGGGCCAAGCUGAGUAUAGAUGGCCGGUCUCCUACGAUGGGGAGGGAUAUACAUAGAGACCUUGGGUCUCUGUUCUGUAUAUCUCUAUGCAUAUCCCUCCCCAUCGUAGUUGUCCUACUAAUUGCACUGUUGUCCUGCUUAGUUUCACUGUUCGUAUCCCCUCGUUAACACUUUUUCCACAGCCAACAAUGGACCAUUGUGGUCUCCACCUUUCUUGAUCAUUGGUGCAUUUGUUCUUUUAAUAUCUUUCAUUCAUUGGUUCUUUGUACCUUUUCAUACCUGUAGUUUCCCUCUCCCCUUAAGUCUGAAGAAGAGUAUAGACGUCAAACGUCACCUAUUCAUUUUCUCCAGAGAUGCUGCUGUCUGACCCGCUGUGUUACUUCAGCAUUUUGUGUCUAUCUUCAGUGUAAAUCAGCAUCUGCAGUUCCAUCCUAACACGAUCACUCUUAUGUUCCUCAUUACUUUUAAUCAUAUUAGUUAUGAACUCAAGAAAAUAAACUCUUAUUAGAUCUGGACAAACACAAUUUUCACUUCAUAAAACCACGUUGACUCUGCCCAAGUAUAUUUAGAUUUUCUAAUUACCCAGUGAACGACCUCUUUGAUGACAAUUUCCAGCGUUUUGCCAAUAUCAACAUUUGCAACAUACCAGGCACCAAAAACUGGAUUCACAUACAACCACCAAAAUCCACACUUUCACGGAUGGAAGGCAGAAAAGAUGCAAUUUUGGAAUUAACUCUUUAUUUCCCAUCACUGCUCCUCUCCCUCCACAUCAGGGUUCUGCAAUGUGAAUAAACAGAAUGGGUAGCAGAGCAGUGAUGUUACAGGUAUUGGUUAUCUCACCACCUUGCAAUCCGACUCCCAUUACCCCGGCCCGACCUGGAAGUGAGGUGGCGCUGCUGCUGGCAGGAAGCGCCUGCCCAGAGCCGACUGAUCUUUGUCGUCACGCAUAUUUACUCUCUUCGGUAGCUUCUACCGACUGCGUUCAUUAAAACCCCUCACAUAUAUUGCUAUAAAUUGAUAAUAAGAUGACCUCCAAGAGGAGCGAAGGCGAAUGGCAGGGGCUAGUGAAUGAGUAUUUGAUAUGCAAAAGGAAGCUGGAGAGUAAGAAGGAAGCUCUAUUGAUUCUCUCCAAGGAACUUGAUACAUGUCAACAGGAACGGGAUCAGUACAAACUAAUGGCUAACCAGCUAAGGGAACGCCAUCAAUCACUGAAGAAAAAGUACAGGGAACUCAUGGAUGGUGAUCCUACACUUCCUCCAGAAAAACGGAAUCAGGCAAACUUGGCACAGCUACUGAGUAGUUCUCGAGAGCGGAAUAAACAACUCGCAGAGGAAAUCAAGGAAAUCCAGCAGAGACUGGCUGAAGCACAGGGUGAUAACAAGCUCCUAAGAAUGACGAUUGCAAAACAACGAUUAGGUGAUGAAGAUGUUGGCUCUCGCCAUUUCCCUGCACAUGAACGUGAGGAUCUUGUUCAGCAGUUGGAAAAAACACAGCAACAGAUUGAACAGUUGGAUCAUGAUUAUCAAGCAGCAGUGGAUGAACUUCAGGAUGUUACGGUUGAACGCUCUUUUUACCAGGAGAAAUCCGGCCGUUUAAAUCAAGAGAUUAACCAUAUUCUUGGAGGACAUGAAAACCGAAUAAUUGAUGUUGAUGCAUUGUGCAUGGAGAACAGGUACCUGCAUGAACAUUUGAAGCAGAUCCAGGAAGAAGUUAAUAUCCUUAAGAAUAACAUUUCUAAAUACAAGAAUGCUCUUGAACGUAAAAAGAACCCAAAGUCCAGUGGAAGGAGCAGCAGUAGUGCCCUUACCGGCGUUCUUUCUGCCAAGCAAGUCCAAGAGCUUUUGUCAGAAGAUCAUGGCUGCAGUCUGCCAGCUACUCCACAGUCCAUCUCAGACCUGAAAUCACUGGCAACUGCAUUACUUGAAACAAUUCACGACAAGAAUAUGGUUCUUCAGCACCAACGUCAGACAAACAGGAUUCUAGGCAAUCGCGUGGCUGAGUUGGAAAAAAAGCUGAGAACAUUGGAAGUUUCUGGUUUGUGGAGUCUUCCAGGAGGGAGAGAGACUAUAACAUUGACUGAUGCUUCUAUGCCUGAAGAUGUAGAACAAAAAUCACAGAUGUUUGAGAUCACUGAAUCACACAUGCAGCAGAAUGAUCAAAUAAAAGAUCAAGAGACUCUGCCUCAGUCUUCAACACGGGAGAUGACAUCUAUAGGAUUUGAAGAAAUGCAAGUGGAACAAACUAAUAAUUGUGGAAGUCCAGUGGUUUUGCCUUUUGAAACAGAUGCCCAAAUAGAUAUUUAUUCUUCAAUAUCCCAACCUCACUCUGGAAAUGAAGUAACACAAAUGACUGAAAAGUUGGAUACUACCGAGUUAAGCGAUGCCCGUGACAAAAUAAGUGCUUCUGAAAGGCAGAUUAUGGCAAAAUCUCAGAUUCACAAUGCUGUUUCAUCUGUAUUCAAUUUCCCAGUAGCCAGUCCAGAAUCAGCCAAUCAAACUGAUUCUGAGUGUGACCAGUGGAUUGAAAAUAACACAAUUAAUGAACCAUCGCAUGCUGUUGAAAGCGACAUAACAUGUGUGUCAUUAAACAUGACUCCCAUAAGAAAUUCAGAUUCGCAACUGCGCAACCUGCUGAGCACAGAUCCACAGACAACAUUUGAGCUUGGUGAAGAAAAUACUGAAGAAAAUCAUGAAGCAUAUGUGGCAUAAUUUACAUUUGGUUUAUUUCUCGAGUUUAAAGACUAUGAUAAAACUUUUAAACGGUUCGAGACCAACAAGAAAGAAUAAUUCCCUUGAAAUCAGUACACCAACUCUUUUCAUGCUGAAUGUGGUGUGAGAGUUUCUACAUUGUAUGCUGUGGUCUGAAUUACGUUAAGUCAAGAGGCAACAGUGUUUAUUUCCCAUACACAACAAAUAUAAACCGGAACAAUUAAACUAUUACUAGUUAUAACUUUACAGAUAUGUUAAACGCAUCAAUGACAACUGUAAAUAGAAAACAAAUUAUCAGUUAUUCUAAGUAAACUAGCCCACAACAGUGCAAAACCUAAAGUACAUGUUACCUCUUCCCAUUACUGUAAAAGCAGAGUUAGAAUCAUUGUCGAAAAACAACGAUAAUUAAAACCUGUUGGAAAAAAAAAAAAUUAGCAUUGAGUAUAAGACGUUGGUGAGACCGCAUUUAGAAUAUUGUGUUCCGUUCUGGGCACCAUGUUAUAGGAAAUAUAUUGUCAAGCUUGAAAGGGUUCAGAAAAGAUUUACGAGGAUAUUGCCAGGAAUAGAGGGGGUGAGCUAUAGGAAGAGGUUGAGUAGACUGGAUCUCUAUUCCAUGGAGCGCAGGAUGAUGAGAGAAGAGAUCUUAUAGAGGUGUACAAAAUCAUGAGAGGAAUAGAUUGGGUAGAUGCAUAGAGUCUUUUGCCCAGAAUCGGGGAAUCGAGGACCAGAGGACAUAGGUUCAAGGUGAAGGGGGAAAAGAUUUAAUAGGAAUACAAGGGUAACUUUUUCACACAAAGGGUGGUGGGUGUAUGGAACAAGCAGCCAGGGGAGGUAGUUGAUGCUGGGACUAUCCCAUUGUUUAAGAAACAAUUAGACAGGUACAUGGAUAGGACAGGUUUGGAGGGAUAUGGACCAAGCGCAGGCAAGUGUUGGCCGGUGUGGGCGAGUUGGGCUGAACGGCCUGUUUCCACACUAUGACUAUGGGUGUUCAUCAAAACAAUUUCCUGAAUUCUUACUCAAGUGUUUCAAUUUAUGGCACAUUUUUUUCUUCUUCUUUCAAUAUAACAGAGGAGUCAUGUUUACCUUAUUCUAUACUGAAAGCCUAAAGCAACCUGCAGAUAAAGUUACCCAGUUUUCUAGUAGUCAUCGAGUCAUACAGCACAGAAAGAGGCCCUACGGCCCAACUCGUCCAUGUCCACCAAAAUGCUCCUUCUGAAUAAGUCACAUUUGCCUGUAUUUGGCUCGUAUUCCUCUAAACCUUUCCUCUAAACCAUGGCUUUUAAAAGUUGUUAUAGUACCUAACUCUGGCAACUCGUUCCAGAUACUCACCACACAUUCAUGUGAACAAAGUUGCCCCUCAGAUUCCGAUUAAAUCUAUCCCCUCUUUGCCUUAACCCAAUGCCCCCUAGUUCUUGAUUCCCCUACUGUGGGGAAAAAGACUGUGUAUUCAACCUGUCUACACCUUUAUACACCUAUAUAAGGUCACCCUAUCACCUCUUAUGCUCCAAGGAAUAAAGUCCUAACCUGCCCAACCACCUCAAGAUGGAGUGUGCUAUUUAUUCUAUUCCAUUGCACAGUUUUUCCUGGGUACAAGAUUGUUCACAGCCUCUUGCUCCAAAGACACAAUUUUCAAAUGGCUACAGUAUGCGUUGUACAUUCCUUCCAGAUGUGGUUCUAUUGACUUCAGUAGAAGCAGAGUCCAACAAGCAAACACUACUUUGUUGUAGACUUAGCUGAACAACCCAGAUCCGAAUUUCUGCUCCUUACAACUAUUUUAUUCUGAGUGACUGGCACUGUCAAGAAAUCUAAGUGGCACUUUGCCAUAACAAUUACGGCUAUUAAGAGGAAUUGUAAUUUGAUAAAUUGGUUAAUGGAUUGUGAAUGGGACCUUUCCUUGAACCAUUUCCCAUAAAGCACCAAAUUUGCUUUUUCUGUACACAGAUUCUGUCUAACCUGUUGUGCAUUUUCAACCACUUCUGUUUCUGAUUUGCAUUAAAUUAUAUUUUAAUUUUUACUAUGAAUAACUUCUACUUAUUGGAAGGCAGCAGCUCACAACUCCCAUAUGUAAAAGUUGUAUUAUUCAUGAGUUAAAAACAUGAGUUUUGCACUAUACAUAGGUUGUCUCAUUUUAAAAGAAACAGGCAUCAAUCAGCAGGAGAAAAAGGUGGUGUUAUUGUCGCAUAUUGCAUUAAUAAGUCCAAGCAUAUUUCAUCUUGAGAAUUUGUCCAUUAUGUUAAUAUGAAUUAUGUAUUUGUUUUAUUAAUUAUUUUUACUAAUUAACAUGGAUGUCUUUCCAAAGGAUAUGAUCCAUAGAUGCUAUAUGCGAGGAUUUAUAGCAAGCAUAUGAAUAGUGGGAAUAUGUCAUUAACUUACUCAUUUAUAGGGGCAAGCGAGGGCAAGGUGGAGAAGUAGAGGUAGCUAUCAAUUGCCUUAAUGCAGAGAAUCAGCAAACAAGCCCAUCACUCUAUUUGGAUCAGUAAUUUUAGGUAAUGUUACUGAUGGUAUUCUGUUUUCAUGGGACUCCAAGAAUUAUUGAGGUUCAAUAUUUGUAAGUGCUUUUAAAAAUAAUAAUUGUGAGAGUAACUGGACAACCACUCUAAGGACAGCUCCAGUCAGGUAAAGGUACAGCAAUUGCAUUUCAAAGAUUACUUUCAAUCCCAUUGACUGAAUUAUCAAAUGUAAUUACAAUUUACUUUGGCUCCAAGUCAUUCAAUUUCCACCUUGCAGCUAAAUUAAGAGCAGCACUCCACGAGAUUGUGGUUUGGCUGAAAAGAACUAUAACUUUUGAUUGAAUCUGAGAGGAAUAUUGGUCUGAGUAAAUGAAUAAGCUUCCAUGUUAUUUUAUGUGUUGUUUAUAACUUUAUUGGUGACAGGAAUUAUCUUGUGUCAGAAUAUUUAUUAUUUUCUUCAAUUUGUGGUGUAUUUGAUGGCCUACAAAACAAGAAAAGACUGCUAUUAUUUUACUUGGAACUUGAUUGAAUGAAGUUGUAUUAUUGGCUACAUGUCUUCAUCAACUCGUAUAGAAAAAAAAUGUUUUCAAUCAACUCAAAUUGAACAGCUGAAUUCGCUUCCUAAUAUUUCUAUCUCAAAAUAAGGACCAUCUCUGUGGGGAAAAUAUAUUUGCAAAAUAGAUUAUUAUCACUUAGAGUUCUUAAGUUUAGUUACUGAAAAUUGUGAUGAACAGCUUAUCACAUUGUGAAUUGCCUAAAACCCUUUCUAUUGUCAUGUAAUAUUGGAACAAAAUAUUUUUAUAUUUUAAUCUUUAAUUAUUUAAGUUAAAAUAAUAAAUAUUAUAAAUAUGCCAAAUGUCACUGGUAUCAUGCCUUUCCAUAAAUGAUCUGCUCAAUUUAGAACCCAUUUAGAGGUACAAUAAAUCCUUGUUAUAACAGA